CCCCUCACAAGUCACAACACUAGCUCUCCACACCUAUCACUCGGCACCGCGAUCGAUCGAGAAUCAGCCAUCAGGUAUGGGGAGGUCGCCGUGCUGCGAGAAGGCGCACACGAACAAGGGCGCAUGGACCAAGGAGGAGGACCAGCGGCUCGUCGCCUACAUCAAGGCCCACGGCGAGGGCAGCUGGAGGUCGCUUCCCAAUGCGGCGGGGCUGCAGCGCUGCGGGAAGAGCUGCAGGCUGCGGUGGAUCAACUACCUGCGCCCUGACCUCAAGCGGGGCAACUUCACCGAGGAAGAAGACGACCUCAUCAUCAAGCUCCACCAGAUCCUCGGAAACAAGUGGUCUGUGAUCGCCGGACGGCUGCCGGGUCGGACAGACAACGAGAUCAAGAACUACUGGAACACGCACAUCAAGCGAAAGCUCCUUGCGCGCGGCAUCGACCCGAAGACGCACCGUCAGCUCCGGGCCGCUGCCUCAUCACCUUUCAGCCGUCCCCUGGACCAACUGGCGGCGGCGGCGUGCUCCAGCUGCUCACCGGAGACCAGCGGCGCCUGCCACAGCAGCGACGAUGAUUGCGGCGGCAUCGACCUCAACCUGUCCAUAAGCCCGCCCAGAGGACCGCCGUCGUCGUCGCCGUCGUCACUGCCGACGACGGAAGAAGCAUAAGCCCACAAGCAGCGCGACCGCGUAGUGGAUGUGGAUGCAUGCAUCCAGUGAUGAUAUAAACUAAACCCUGAAAGGAAAGGAAGUACGACGAGAGCUAUUCAAAGAGGAAGAGGAUAUGCAUGCCUUAGCUUCUCGAUCUUGUUCUCCAUCCAUGCAGGACGGGAGAUUUUCUCAAGGCAAGGUUGACCACGACUCGUUUAGGCCUGAUAUGAUGAUGAAAAUCCUUGCUUGGGGGCAGAACUCCAUGAUUUGAUGAUCGUGAAGUUGAUCCGUUCACUGUUCCUUUGACUUCUGUAGUAAAUUAGUAAUAUAAUAGCAUCUUUGCUGGUUCAUCUCUGUUCUACUCCUUCACUAAUAAGUGACAAAAAUGUAUGAAACUUUGAUCUUUUCUACCUUUUGAUGCAAA